AUGACCCUGCUCAAGCUGUCCCUCAUGGCCUUCAGCUUCGUCUUCUGGGCAGCGGGGCUGACCAUGCUCAUCAUCGGCCUCUGGGCCAAGGUGUCUCUGGGAAGUUACUUGGCGCUGUCGGCCAGCGGCUACCCCAGCGCCCCCGCCAUCCUCUUGGCUACCGGCAUCGCUGUCAUCAUCUGGGGCUUCCUGGGAUGCUUCGGCGCCGCUACGGAGCACCGGGGACUCCUGCGCGCCUACAGCGCCUUCCUGGCCGCCGUGCUGGCGGCCGGGCUGGCGGCCGGGCUGUCGGCACUCCUGUACCGCCAGACCCUGGCGCAGGGCUUCCAGGAGGGGCUGCGCCGGGCGCUGCUGGCCUACGGGGAGGACGACGGCGUGGCGGACGCCCUGGACGCGCUGCAGCGAGCCUUGUCCUGCUGCGGUGUGGAGAGCUACCGCGACUGGCUGCGCUCGCCCUGGGCGCUGCAGCAGAACGGCUCGGUGCCCCUCAGCUGCUGCCGGGCCCGCCGCGGCUGCCAGCGCGGCCCGCCCGACGUGCGCUGGCUGCACCGCGACGGCUGCUUCGGCAGGGUGUCCGCCUUCGUCGGCAGCAACAUGUUCUGUGUCGCCACCGCUGCCCUGGGGCUGGCACUGCUGCAGCUCGUCGGCAUUGUGCUGGCCUGCCUGCUGGCUGCCCGCGUCCCUGCCCAGCUGCUGGGCAUCACCACCCCUCGCUGA